ACCCCACAGCCCAAUUUCUCACGAAAGAAAUAAGGAUUCUCAUGACAGCCAUAGAAAAAGGAAAAGAAAAUAUAUAUUCAUUUGAUUCAAAAUCACCAGUCUUUCUUUCUUUCUUCCUUUCGAAUCUCUGGUUACCAUUUUCUUUAAAAUUCGUGGCUUCAGAUACUUUUGCUUCCACUCUCUCUCAUCCACUUGAUGCAUUUCUGCUUCAAAAUCUAUUCCCAGAUGAUGAUCUUGAGUUCUUCUUAAUCCAUAUCAGGUAAUGAUCAUGGUUCAACCAUGGUAAUAGUCUAUCUAUCUGGAGUAAUUACCAAGUGGCAUCCUUAUCCGGGAAUCAGCAGACUCCAUGAGACUUCUCUAUGCAACACCACGCAUCUCAAUUCUAUGACAAGUCCUGCAGUCUCUCCUAGCCUAUUAUGUGUUCCAUGUAAUAAUUUAGUUUACAGUUCUUCCGUUUCUUGGAAUGGACGUAGCCAGCGUAGGACUCCUCACUUGUCACAACGAGUUGCUUCAAACAGAUGGCUGUGUCGGUCACAUGAUUCUAUUUCACCUGAUGAUGAGUACCGUUCGUCUCGGAAUAUAGCAAUCAGUUUGUUUAGGCGAUACAGGAAUGUCAUCGACCGUGGAGGAAGUGACAACCUAAAAGUAUAUUCAGAGUUCAUCAGUGCUGGGGUGAACGCAUAUGCUUUGGGCUGCACUGAUGAAGGAUUGCGCAAGGAACUUAUUGCUAUGAAGGAAUCUGGUGCUGAAAUUGAAGCAAUGCAGAAUUAUGGGGGAAGCACCAGUGUGAAAUCCAAGAUAUUUGCAAAGGAGGUAGAUGAGUGUAUUCUGUGGUUGAGCAUUAUAUUCAUCACCAUCUUGUGUACUCCACAACCAACUAUAGUUAGAUGGUCAUCUACCCCUCCUGUGUCGGAUGAAAUACUGCUUAAGUGGAAAGGUUUUUGUGCCCUCAUAGCAAAUGCAUAUUAUGUGAAGGGAAUGGCAUGGCUUCCUGUGAAGACUCUUCAGCUAGAGCAAAUGGCGGUUGUGGGAUAUUCUGAGGAACCAUCAGUUGUUGCCAGCCGAAUGCGAUUAGUGUUUAGCACACUUGAGGUUGUAAGUCCACAGUGGCCAAGAGUCUAGCCGCGCUCUUCAAUGUCAGCAAAGGCCAGUUUCUCUAGGAUCAUUUGGGCUUCUAUAUGAAAUUUGUAAAUUAGUGCACCUUUAUAUUCAGCAAUCAUUUAUGACUUUUAAAAAAAUUAAAAUGUCCAUCUACUUUUUUAACUGGUAAUCUGAAGUCUGGAGAAGCCUGACAUCUGCCAGUAUUGUUUUGUAAUGAAACUGGUACCUGGAAAUAGCUUGCAGGCAGUUAGUUGCCUCAGAAAUUUACGACUGCCUCAAGAUAACUAAAUGCAGCUUAUCUUGAAUUUCUA